CUAGUAAGUCACCAAGUGACUGCAUUCGUGCAAUUUCCAACUUGUUGUGUGUGACAUGAGUUCUGCUGUUUGUUCACCCACGGCCGAUAGUGCAUUUGGGCCUGCGGUGGAGGGCUGUCGACAAGGCUUCGACUUUACCUUGACCUUCGAGUCUUACUUUUUCUCUAUUGUACCUUCUGUGUUGUUGCUUUGUUUUGCACCGCUGAGAUUCAAGUCGUUGAGUCGUCUUCGGCCUAAGAUCAAGGUGGAUGCUUUUCAAUAUGUCAAGUUGUCUGUCAUUACAGUGCUUGCUGUCUUCCAAUUGGCCCUGAUCGGUCUCUUUGCCGACAAUAGAGGACUUCAGGCAUGGAGACCGUCGAUGGCGGCCUCCGUGCUGUCGUUUGUGUCGAGUAUUGCUCUUCUGGUUUUGUCGUACAUGGAGCAUUCCAGGUCCCUUCGGCCAUCCAUGUUGCUCAAUGGUUACCUCUUCGCUACCGUCGUACUGGACGGCGCCACUCUUCGCACUCUCUGGCUGAUGUCACCUUUCUCCACUCGAGUCCGCGAUAUCUUCACUGUGGUCUUUGUCAUCAAAGCUGUAGUCCUAUUGCUUGAAGCUGGAAGUAAAAGACCAUACUACAAGUCGGAGAGAAACAAGAGCCCAGAGGACUUCAGCGGACUCUAUGGCCAAGCAUUCUUGUCAUGGCUGAACGGCUUGGUAUGGCAAGGUGCACGCCAUUUAUUGAAGCCCGAGGACCUUUACAACAUGAGCGACGACGUUGCCUCCGAAGCGCUCAGCAACCGAUUCUCUCGGGAGUGGGAUAGACAAUCGAAGAGUGGGCCAGCAGAUCUGAAGAAGGCCAUCUUUCAUAUGCUGAAGUGGCCUUUGCUGGUACCAAUUCUACCGAGACUGGCACUUCUGGCUCUCACGUUCUGUCAACCUUUACUCUUGAGAAGACUUCUCGACUACCUCAACAACUCGGGCACAGAAGACAAGAACAUCGGCUAUGGUAUCAUCGGUGCCUACUUCGUCGUCUACAUUGGACUCGCAACUACUUCUGCGAUUUAUUGGCACAGGCACUAUAGGUUCCUCAGUAUGCUUCGUGGCACUCUGAUAACAGCUAUAUAUGGCAAAGCUAUCACCGUCAGCUCUGCUUCCAAAGACAACAAAGCUUCAAUAACAUUGAUGAGCGCAGAUGUGGAGCGUAUCAUUCGCGGUCUUAUCGACCUACAUGAGAUGUGGGCGAAUAUUGCUCAGGUCGCCAUUGCUACCUGGCUCAUCGAACUUGAGCUAGGUGUCGCAUGUGUGGGCCCCCCAGUCAUUGCUUUGGCUGCGACAGGCACGACUAUCUGGUUCUCUCGCUUCACGACCUCGUUCCAGCUUCGAUGGAUCGACAAAGUGCAAGAGAGAAUUGGUAUAACGACAUCUGUCCUCGGCUCCAUGAAGGCUAUCAAACUUUCUGGCUUGACUUCAAGAGGCGCGAGUUUACUUCGCCGAUCCCGGGUGAUUGAGCUUGAAGCUGCAACGAAGUUUCGAACAUUAUCCUGCGUAUCAGUCGCGAUUGGAAUGGUGCCUCAACUAAUCGCUCCCGUCAUAACGUUUGGGAUCUACAUCGGAGUCUCCUCAAGAAAUCAUCACGCGCUGGAUUCGACUAAGCUCUUCACAUCGCUUGCUCUGAUCCUUCUUGCAUCAGAGCCUCUAUUCAUGUUAAUUGGUGGCCUCAUAGAACUGCGUUCAGCCAUCGGUUGUAUCGCCCGGGUAGAAGAUUUCUUGCAAUCUUGUCCACGACAUGACACCCGGACUAUCGUACCUACUCGCUCUGGUCAGACCUAUUCGACUCAUUCCAGUGUCAUCACAAUGGAUAGUGUCUCGUUCGGCUGGAAGCAUGGGGAUCCAUUCGUCAUCAAGGACGCCGAUCUCCAUGUGCCAUUUGCGAAGCUUGUUAUGAUCACCGGUCCCGUGUCUUGUGGAAAGAGCACACUCCUCAAGGGUUUGCUCGGCGAGACACCCUUAUCACAAGGGAUUGUGGAACUUUCGUCUACAGAUGUCGCUUGGUGCGAACAAUCUGCCUGGCUCAUGAACGCAUCUAUACAGCGCAACAUCGUCAACUUUCGCGAGUUUGACCCAGAGCUCUAUGCAUCGGUGGUGUACGCCUGCGACCUUAAUUGUGAUCUAGAUGCAUUGCAAGACCGCGACUCUACCAUUAUUGGAAGCAAAGGAUUUGCUUUAAGCGGUGGACAAAAGCAUCGAGUUGCUCUGGCUCGCGCUGUUUACUCGAGAUGUUCCACGGUCUUCCUCGACGAUGUCUUUAGUCAACUAGACCUGAGCACCCAGACAACAGUAUUCGAGCGUCUUCUUGGCCCAUCAGGUCUGCUGCGUACUUGGAACACGACUGUCGUUAUGACUACUGGGGCUACCAGAUUCUUCUCAAAAGCCGAUCUCAUCGUCGUUCUCAAUUCCGAAGGUAAGAUUGAAGGGCAGGGAACUUAUCGAGAACUUCACGCCGCGGGCCACAACGCAGCCAGAUACAUCGAUACCGCAGAGACGAUCUCCCAGGACGCCACUACGGAGAAAAUCUCUGCGCACCACACAAGGACGUAUGCUGCAGCAAAGCCCGCUAGAAACAACGACAAGACAUUGGAGUCAGCUCGUCAGACUGGUGACUUCAGCAUCUACAAGUAUUACUUUGCUUGCAUCAGUUGGACUAUGGCGGUCGUAUUUCUCAUCCUUCAGGUCGUAUAUGCAUCCCUCUGUACCUUUCCUACUGUCUGGCUCAAGUGGUGGGCAGAUGCAAACAUGCAAGAAUCUCGUUCGAACUACGGAUACUACAUCGGCGUCUACACUGCACUUCAGGUGGGGGCUCUCGCGCUCGCUGCUGCGGUUGAGUGGUGGUCGUUCAAUGUAAUGGCUGUGAAGACAGGCGUCCAACUUCACAACGUCCUCGCUAACACUGUCAUGUCGGCACCUCUGUCCUUCUUCAGCAAGGUCGAUAGCGGAAGUAUCUUGACGAGGUUCAGUCAAGAUAUACAACUACUUGACAUAUCCUUACCCCUAGCUCUCAUGGUGGUCACAACUAAUGUUCUCGUGUGUAUCGCCCAAGUAGGACUCAUUGCUUCGGCGUCCGCAUGGAUAGCUAUAAGCUUCCCGGCACUUUUCUUCGUCUUCUAUGUUGUCCAAAAGUUCUACCUGAGGACUUCAAGACAGAUGAGACAUCUUGAUCUCGAGGGAAAGGCUCCAGUCUACACACAGUUUAUUGAGACUCUUGACGGUCUAGCCACGAUUCGCGCUUUCAACUGGAGCGAAAAGUCUAUCAAGCAUAACUUCGCCCUCGUAGACCGGUCUCAAAAGCCGACUUACCUCAUGUGGGCUCUGAAAAGAUGGUUAGCACUAGUCCUCGAUCUAGUCAUUACCGGCAUAGCUGUCUUGGUUGUAGGUAUUGUUGUCGGCCUCCGAGACAGUUCUUCGCCAGGAUUUACCGGUGUUUCACUCACUCAGAUCAUCUCAUUCACAUCCAACAUCAAGCUGUUGAUCAUGUUCUGGACACAGCUUGAGAGCUCUCUAGGUGCAGUUGCUAGGAUCAGACAAUUCGAAAGUGAGAAUGUUGCUGAAGAUCAGGCUGGCGAGGCUCAUGAUCCCCCUUUUGACUGGCCAACUAAAGGAGUGAUCGAGAUCAGCGAUAUGUCUGCGAAGUAUAAUCCCGAAAGCGAAAACUUGACACUCGACAACAUCAAUCUCUCCAUCCCCGCCGGCUCGAAGAUCGGUCUCUGCGGCCGAACAGGAAGUGGCAAGAGCUCCCUCCUCCUAACCCUUUUCAACCUCCUCUCCCCCUCAUCCGGCAACAUCACAAUCGACGGUCUAGAUCUCUCCUCCAUGCGCCGAGAAACCUUGCGUUCCCGUUUGCUGUGUAUAGCCGAAGAACCAUUCCUCUUCCCCAGCACCGUACGAGACAACCUAUCUCUCGAUUCUCCCACGAUUACGGAUGAAAACAUGGUAGAAGUGCUAAAUUCAACAGGACUCUGGGAUAAGAUGGCAGAAAAAGGAGGUCUAGAGGCUAAAAUGGCAGAUGUACAUCUCAGUCAAGGAGCCAAACAACUGUUUAAUAUCGCAAGAGCUUUGUUGAGGAAAAAUGAGGGUAAAGUGUUGGUCAUGGAUGAAGCUACUAGCAGCAUCGAUACCCAAACCGACCUUACCAUCCAAGCACUUAUCCGCAAAGAAUUCUCCUCUCAUACUAUUAUCUCGGUCGCUCAUAAAUUGGAAACGAUAGUAGAUUUCGAUAUCGUGGGGGUCAUGGAAGAUGGGAAGUUGGUGGAGGUGGGUGAUCCCAAGGUUCUGUUGAAGCAAGAAGGGAGUUUGUUCAAGGGGUUGUGGGAGGAGAGAUGAGAGGAUAACAGCAAGGUGGAGGAGCUUGGGGUUGGGGAGACAAGACACGAAACAGUGGGGGAAAAUGAGAGAUGAGGGUGAGGGUGUGUGAUGAGGAGUCUUGAGGUCAAAAAGGCUAGAGGUGCCUCGUGUUUGUGAAAUUAAGUGAGUCUUCUGUUAAGAUCAAGGUGGACGGAGUGAUCACCAUCAUGCCUCGCUUCUUUCACACAAUGUCACUCAUUCCGUCUCGAUCGAGUUCAGUGGUGUUUUUCAAUGUUUUUUCUUUUGUUUUUGUCUUUAUUCAAUUAUCUC